GCCUCUAAAGAGCAACAACCACCCGCUUCUCCACGGUGACUACCUCGCGAAGAAUUGGAUUCUAACGAACCAGCUGAGGCCGAUGAGACCACAAAUGUGUUCAAAUGUUUCCCUGCUUACCCUGAAGUGUUCACGCCACAGAUGAUCCUAACAUCAUCAUCAACAUGGGUGUUGUUUUCAUUUUGGAUCGACAGGAUUGCCAAAUUCCGUCGAAUUCUCCUCCUCUGCAGUGACAUCAAAUGUAUCCCCUGCAAGAAUCGCCUUCUUCUUCGCAUACUAGCGAGAAUCAGCACAAGAGAGAUCAUGAAGAACGUCUCGUCUCCCGCCAUUUUUGAAAUGUGCCCACUUUUGUAAUUUGAAUCGUCUGAGUCAGCGGGUAAAAUGCCUAUUGAAAACAGAUGUUGUGUUUAACAAGUAAUUGUUGGGCGGAGUGCAAACAAACACCUAGAAAAAAUGUUCAGCUAGUGAAUCGGCCUAGAGGAAACGCAACCUAUAUGGGAGUCCCCCUCUCGAGGUUUAGUUUAGGGAUUAUCACGUGCCUUGACGUCUCAUUUCAAAAGAACCGCCAUUUUAGAAUUGGAAAUAAAAUCUCCAUAAAUUUAAAAUCUAACUGAAAGAGAUUUUCAAGUUUAAAAAAAACACGCUAAAUUGCGGUGAAACACCCAUCGAGAACAUGGUUGCCAUAGAAACGUAAAUUUAGGUGUCCAAGCAAUUAACACAUGUUAGAAAACGUGACAAAGUUUGACAAUAAUAGCCUGAGCGUUGUUUAAGUGAAAAAAAAAAGUUUAAAAUCAGCUUGGAUACUGUGCCUCUUAGGCUAAAUAAAGUCAAAUCAAAGUUCUGUGGUCGUAAAAUGGACAUUCAUAGUGACUGAACAUGAUGUACAGUGUAGCAGCAAAGGGCUCAAUCAAGACAAGCUAGGGGGAUUUAAAGAACCAAAUCUAUAGGUUUGUUGGCUUACAUUCGCAGAGGUGGGUUGCGGUUGGGGUUUGUUAUCAAAGGGUCAGGAUUUCCGUGUCUUAGAUUCUGAAGGAUUUUUUUCCGUAGUGAAUUUGUUAGCGUUAAACAUUAUAGCCAUCCUAAUCUUCUUCCCGUUAUAAGACUUUUCCCGUUAGGAUAGGAGUUAAGUUACAUUGCCAGUGUGCAAGUGUUAAAGUGUUAUUUUAUUUAGUUGGUAUGGGAGGAAAGAAAUAUUGUGGCAUGCGUUUGUUUAUUUGGCAGAAAAAGAAAAUUUACUCUAUGAUGUAAGGGAGAGAGAAUGGCUACUGAAUGAAGCAAGGAAUGAGUUAUUGCUUGAAGAAGAAAGAGCAAUGACUGCUGCCAGCGAGAACGAAACAUUGAAGGCCCAGCUGGAGGAAGCUAAAAACUCUGUGCCGCGUAAGGAAGGUGUCACCUUAGUGGAAAUUGCUGGAAUAAUGGAUGAUCUUGAAAGCGGUUGGGAAAAACUUGCAAAAGCACUUGGGCUUGGAGAAGCAAACCUUUGCAAGAUAAAUGAAGGAAACAAAACAGACCGCGAGAAAGCCUAUUCUGUCCUCACAAUGUGGGCGGACGAGGAAGGAGAGGACGCAACAUUUAAACGUCUGGUAGACACCCUUGAGAAAAUAGCAAAAAGUAGCCCUGUGGAAAAGCUGCUUGAGUCAGAAGAAAUAGCCGAUGAUCAGGGGAAAGUAAACAGGCUGUCGAAGAAAACUAAGGAUGAAAUUUCAGUCGAGAAUCGUGAAAAAGAAGCCAGUGGGGAGAGCAGUGUGAAAGCGGUGUUUAAGGAAUCAGGCAUUCAGUCGCCAGAAGAGAAAGAUGAUGGUGAUAAAAGGGAAUUAGACAAGCCACUGAGGGAAGUUGAUGAGGGAAUGUCGCUUGAAAAUCCUAAAAAAGAAGGCAGUAAGGAUACCGGGAUGGAAGCUGCGUUCAAGGAACUAAACAUUCAGCCCGAGGAAGCCUCAGGUCAUGAACGAAAGAGAGCUAAGAGGAAAGGAAACAAGAAAAAAGCUAUGGCUAGCUAGAGUUCAGAGAUUAGUUGAAAGCACUUAAGGGACAUAAAGGGACGAAAUGUAGAAGAUAAGAGAACAUUAAGUAUUAGCAGGUCCAUCUUAGACACUGACCCCAAUAACUUCUCCUUAUUACAUGCACUCCUGAAAUCGAUUGUUUGUAUUUAGUGCUUAGACCCUACCCACCAUUUCAGUAUAUCCCUCUAACAAGCACAGAAAUCCAGUAUCAAGUAUUCUCGGACUAAAAUUAAUCAAACAUCACGAAAGCGACAAGCUGUAAACCUCUGUGCAGUAUUGGAAACUAAACUUUGACAACACUCGCUAUUUGGGCGAGUGACCCUUAACAUGCACUCUCCCGGUGUAAUUUUCACUCGGCCGGAAAGAUGCAUGUCUCCCUUCCCCCUAAAAAAUCCCCGCAAUGAUUCAAAAAUCAUACGUUUGAGUCUCGUAAUCGCGGACGACCAUGCAGCUUGUCAUUUCGUGUUGCACUUUCCUGUCUUGGUUCAUUUACGAGAAACAUCCUUAGGAUCGCAGGGCCUUAGCUAGUAACAGGGAAACUGUGGCACUUUUUGAGUCUUUUUUUUCGUUUUCGUGGUUAAUAGUUAUCAUAAACACCCUGAAUUACUUUGGAAGAGAAUUUAAACAUGGAUAUUGUCUCAGUCAUUUUUUUUCAGGGGCAUUGCCUCAGUCAUAAUUUUUUCAGGGACAUUGUCUUAGUCCAAUUUUUUCUGGCUAUGGCCACGUAUCACAGACGACUUUAACGUCGUUUUUAUUAUCAACUUCUGACACUCCGUAGAAAUAUUUCGCAUUUCCGUAGUUUUAAUGGAAAAAACAGUUUAGCGAACAGCUGGCACUACCGGAUUCGCAUAUAUCCCUAGAAUGGAGACAUUGGAGUAAACAAGGCACACGAAUACUGACGUUUUUCAUUCAAUGAAAAAUCAUACCAAGAUAACUACAAAGGAGGCACUUUAAUUUUCAAAACAGUUCAUAUUGAUAAAUCUUCGUGAGAUUCAUUUCUUAGCAAACAAACCUCCUUGUUCCUCUCGUGCGCCAUCUUCAGUUCUCAUGCGCACAUUAUCAUAGAGACCAGCUGGGCCUGGGUUGUUCAAAGCCCGAUUAACCUAACUCAGGAUUAGCGAGAAGUUUGAUUUCAGUUUUGUUACUUUUCGGUAUGUUUUCAUUUUAUGUUGUUUGUCCUUCUGGUUUGAGUUUGAAUAAUCUCAUAUUUGAUUUGUUCAACGUAUGAGAUGUUCGCCUAGGCAUUAUAGUUUGUUGGUAGGUCAGUACCGAUAUAGUUUUGACAGUGCUUACGUAGCUUGAUUUCAUAGCCUGGUCAUACAUGUCUCAUUUGUUAUCUCGCGAGAACUAGUAUGAACUUUGUUAAUUUCACCAGCUUUCACGCCAUAGAAUUCGUGGACUGGAUGCUCGACAUCUUUGUAUGUAAGAUGGGCGAAUAAGGCGUAGCUCCUUCUAAAGCGUUCUUCGCAAACACGGCAAUGUUGUUCACGAAGAGCGAGCACACGAUAAUCAAGCUGCUGCAAUUCUCAUCCACAGUUUCCGCGCUCUCCGCCAUGAAUGCCUGGUACUAUGAUCCCCUACUUGCGACCAAGACAAAACGGCUUGUAUUUUUAGACUCGAGCUGGAGUGAAAAGGCGUAAUAGAUAAAAAGGUAAAAAUACAUAAUACGAUAUAAUUAACGUGUAAACUAGAAGAUGGCUGAAAAUGAAGAGGGCAAUUAAACAAAGUUAAAAAGGCAUCUAUUUCCAAUUGUUCUUUUGAAAACGCAGUCCUAUCACGCAGUAGAACAAAGUUGUGGCCUCUCUACUAGUUGAAUAAGGUACUUUGAAUUACAGGUGAAAACCCAUAUUACAAUACCAUAUAUACAUAGUAAGAAAGUUAAAACACGUUUUAAAACACAUUGUACCAAUAUAUAACUAUACUACUAGUUACGUGCAUUCUUUUAUCUUUAGGACAACCUGGUCUUGUGUGUCUAUCAUUUCUGAACUCUUCAUUCUCCUUCUAUCAUCUCUACCGUUCAGGGGUGAUUUUACUCAGUUCUCUGACUUCCGCAAGCCGGCUAAAAACCUUAAUUCGACUGUGCAACUUGAAAUCAGGCUAAAGAGAGUAAUACAAGACACUGUUACCCAUUAUGACAAGCAAAUUAAGUAGAAAAAGAAAUUCUUUUCAAUGCAAUUAAGGAAAUCGUGUUGGUAUUUGAUAAUUGAUAAAACACGACCACCACAACAGUGCUAAAUCAUAGAACUGAUUUAAAAACUUAAGUCA